AUGGAAGACGGGUGGUCCAACUAUUGGGGUUACCAUCCCGGCGCCAGCUACUGGGAGUCGUCUUGUUACCCCUGGAAUGCCUGGGCUCAUCACGACCUCAAGGGCAAGAGCAAGGGCAAGGGCAAGUGCAAAGGCAAGGGCAAGAGCAAGGGCAAGCUCUUCCAGACGGAGUGCCCUUUCCGCGCCAGCUGGCACGACAUCUUCAGCUAUGCCUGCCCUGAGACGGAGAACGCUGCGGCCUUCGACGAGACCUCGCACGAAGAGCAGACUGGACAGGAAGGCACGCAACCCAGCCUCCAGUCGAUCCUGACCCCGGAAGUCCUCGCCGGCAUGGUUGCGUGGAAGCUGCCGGAGCUGCUUGACAUGGUUGCAGGUGACCCUGAGGAGCUGGGGCAUGGCUUCGCGGCUGCUUUGGCUCACCCGCCCAUCCAAGGGACCCUCCAGGAGGCCAUGAACAAGCUGGUGCCUUUGCUUGCUGCCUACGGCCUCGCCGAGGCCAAGGCCCAUCUUGAGCUCUUGCUGGAGAGCCCAAACAGCCCGGGGGCAGCUCCCGGCCUGUUCCUGCAGUCGCUGGUGCGGGGUUUGAACACGCUGGAGCCCCAAAAGCAGCAGGAGCUUCUGACUGCUUUCUUCCAGCAGCAGGACCAGCUGCUGGCGCCCUUGGAAGCUCUCGGCCCCUUGCUGUUGAGGCUCUUGCAGCAUGACUGCAUCACCUGUGAUGGCUGUGAGGCUACACCGCUUAUGGGCCCUCGCUUCAAGAGCCUCAACCAUCCAGAUUACGACCUUUGCGGCAAGUGUUUCGCCAAGAGGCAUCAGAUCAGUCCGGAGCAUAAGGAUUUCAAGUGCAUUCUCGUCAACUUCGUCAACGCAAAAGGCUUGGCAGGAAACUUCUGGGACUUCUUUGGCGGAGGCAAGCUGCGAUGGAUGUGCCGCUUUCUGAAAGGAAAGGGCAAGGGCAAGGGCUGCAAGGGCAAGGGCCGUUGCCAUGGCAAGCGCUGGUGGGAGGCCACUGAGGACUCCGAGAGACCGGCAGCCUCGAGACCCGCGGCCUCAGCAGAGCCCUCGGCGGAGCCCUCGCCACAGCCGGGAUGCCAGUAUUUCAACAUCGGCGAGGGGCAGGCGCAAGCCAAUGAGAUGCCAGAACCCAGCGCCCCUGCACCCGAGCUUUCUGAGGCUGCACGACCCCAACUGGCGGCCUCGGCUCCCGCCUACGUCUUCCCCGUCGAGCUGGACGAUGGGCGUCGCAGUGAGAUCUCCUGGCGCAGGGGUGACGACCACGAGAAGGUGGCGCGUGACUUCGUGGCCGAGAAGGGAUACCCCGCGGACAACGUUCCCACGAUCAUCAGCUUCCUGAAACACGUCGAGCAGGUGGCGCCCGUCGUUUCCAACCGUGCUCCCGAGCCGGUCUCAACGGCACCGGAGCCCAUG